UUAACUAAUAGUGAUUGAAAAUGCCUUAGAUCGUUACUCUAUUGCUUAACUAACUGUGGCUAUAUUACUUCAUUGUUUAAACUCAUACACAAUACAAAUUAAUUUAUGUGACUUAUUUUAUUUCAUAUCCUGAUCUGAAGUUGCUAUAUAUUUUAUUUCAUAUCCUGUCUCUAAUAUUGCAGUAUCUGAAGACUCAACAGGCUGCUGAUGACUUAAGAAGACAAAUGGAAGUAAAAGAAACAGAAAGCAACCAUAUUCACAGUCAAGUUAGCAUGGAAAUAUCACUUGUGCAGAAUCAAUUUCAAGAACAACUGCAGUUAUUGUCAUCGAUACCAGAUGCAGUCAACAAACUACAGCUUCAAGUGCAGGAAGAAGAGCAGCAGUGGUGUAUGGCCGAAUUUCGACGCAGGGAGCUGAUGCAUGAGCUUUAUGAUGCUAAACAGCAGAUGGAUUGCUAUACAAAAGAAAUAAAUGAAAUUCAAGUAAGGCUACAGGAAAGUAAAGAUGAGCAGAAGGAGUUACAUAAACAACUAAAGAAUUGUGAGAAGGAAAACGAGGAGUUACAAAAUGAAGUCUCAGCAUUAAAAAGCAACACAGAAAUCAUGUUAUCAGAGUAUGAGAUGGCUGAGAAGAACACCAAAGAAAAAAUAAAUGAAAUAACACAAUUGUCAAAAAAACUUGAAACAUAUUCCGAUGACUUUGCUCAUGAGCUGUCACAUGCCAAAAAUCAAAAUGAAAAAACCAGGAUAGCACUGCAAAUUAAAAUCUCACAGCUUGAUGAUGAUCUUUUGCAGCUUCGCACAUUUGCGAAAGUUAUGGAAAAAGACAGAGACCAAGUCAAGAUGGAUCUUCAAACUCAUAUAAACUGGCUAACUGAAAAGAAUGAUGAAGCUGCAGCUAUAAUACACAAUCUUGAAACACAACUGAAUAAUUCUCACAGCAGUGACAACACUUUCCAUACCACUUAUAUCUCAAUGGCCAAUUAGUGGUUAAAGGGCUACACACAGAGUGCAAAACUGUAAAAGAUAAAGCUGAGGACAUGCAGCAGAACUCUACACUGUAAAACUAAGAUGAAUUG